UCAAGUUAGCUUGACUAGGCUAGAGAGAGUUCGCUGAUCAUCAAUUGUCAAACUGUUUUCUUUCGACAAUCUCUAGGGUCCUGAUGCAGCAUCCGAGCAGGGAUAUAGCGGAGUUGCGCCGCCGCCAAGAAGUCGUGGCCUACUUCUUACGAUCACAGAAUGAUCCUUUAAUGAGGAAUAUCUGUUCUGCGCUAAGGUUCAUUAGGAAUGUUAAUGGUAUUUUAGCCAAAGUUAAGGCACUGUCGGCAAAACCGUAUCAAUGGAAAUCUUUGUACAACACCCUGUACAACGCGGUGCUGAUAUGCGAGAUGUGUGAGAACGCCGGAAAAUCCAGUUCUUUUUUAGAGCAGCUUGCCUCAUGCGAUAACAAAAAACUUUAUGAGGUCAGAAUUUAAAUAUUAUUU